AUGCCGGAUGUCUGGGCCCAGAGACCAAAGGCAUAUGGAGUAUAUGGAGCCAUAGAUACUAGCAAGCUUUGUGAUGGCUGGUCAGGCCAUGGCGUAGAGCGGUGGAAUGUUCGGGGUGUCGAUGAUGUGGCUCGGGAGCCACAAGGGAACCAACCAACCUCUCGCGCUGGUUCCUGCAUAACCAGUGGCUCACCCACAUCCACUCACAUUGUAUUAUUGCAAUUACUGGCUCGCAAUGGAGGAUACCUGUUUCCCUCUUUCAAGAUGACCGAUUCUGUGCCGAUCGACCGAACUCUGGUUGUUAGCCAGAUUAAUGAGAUCCUGACAGAAGGGAGGGAAAUGAGAUUAACUUUCCCACAAGACGGAAAAAACGGCGAUGAGGCGGUGUCGCCCUGGCAGGUCCGCAUCCCCAUCCGUCUUUUCGCUCUUCUUCUGCCUUUCCCCCCCCCUAAACUAAAACUAAUUGCUGCCAAAAGCCCAGUGGAUAAUUAUCUAAUGCUGGCUGGCCAGAAAGUGUGAAACGCCGGAGUCUUUCACUCUUCUCGUCUCCUCUCCUCUCCUCUCUUCCUCCAAUUCUCCAGGUCCAGGGCCCCAACUUCUUGCUCGCGCACCCUUCAUCCUUUUACUUUCUUUCCUUAUUGAUGUUCUUCUCGUCUUUGGGUGCUCUGUUGUCCACUUUUCCGUCGGCCUUCUUUGCUUGUCCUUAGUCGCAGUCGUUCCGUUCCGUUUGCUGUUAUCCACCCCUGUCUGUUUUCUUGUGAUUUUCUAUAUUCCACCCCUCUCCAUGCUCUGUCAGUGUCGCCAUCGGAUUUCAAUGAGGUUUUUUCGGAAUUAAAAAAAGAGACAGAACAACACUCACGGUCUCCGAAUCGAUAAGUU